AUGUUUAAAGCAAUGCAGAUUACAUUACGCUGGGAUAACAUGAGUGUUGCGUUCGUUGAACGAGGCCGUCAAGUUUCUGAGAUGGUCGUGAUCGGCUUUGGCGUCAAUAUGCGCUCGUUCACCAUUGCAGAAGGCGAUGAGAAGCAGAAGCUAGACGUAGAGGUUGCAUUGGGCCAAGCAACAUUCGUCGUUAACGUCGAGUUUUCGGCUUCGAAUUAUGUUUCUCCAACGGCAAAGCUAAUGUUUGCGGACCUCAGCAAGGUAGCUGCAGAGUCUGGCGCAAUGUCGCCGCCACAGAUGCUUACGGCCCAUGUGAGUCAGCUUGAAAGUGGUAAGCAGAAUGUGUGUGGUACAGUGAACAACAUGAAGUUGGUACUCUCAGUCGGUGCGCUGGAGCGUUUCCUGCUGUUUGUUGAUCGGCUGAGCACAAAGACAACUCAAGUACUGUCGACAGCGCGGCCGCCUUUCGUACCAGUUUCUCACUCUGAGUUAUCGCCUGCCGCAGUCCAGGUUGCUAAAAGCGAGGUAGACAUGGUGAGAAAAGAGAUAACAAUGUCUCCGUUUAGCUUGCUUGGCGGCAUGCUGUUGAGCCUGGAUGUCAACUUGAACGAUUGUCACAUCGUUCUGCUACCCACUCAGUCGUACUCAAAAUCACUUUUUAUGGAUAUUAACGCGGAGACAUGGCAAAGCGAUUACGAGGUAGAUUGCUGCGUGGAUAUGCCUGCCUCAUUGAGCAUGCAUCUCGAAAGCUCAAAAGUGAAGGAAUUGCUGGAGCUUAACGUUCACAGCUUCAAUAUCGGCGCCCAGUACGUCAAUGAUGCUAAGGAAGCGGAAACCAUUUUAGCUCCAACAAGUAUCGUAUUUCAGUUUACCCUAGAACAAGACGUCACGGACCCUCUGAUAUGUCACCAGAGUGUAAUGAUGCACAUGCCAGAUGUCUUGGUUGCUGGGUCAGACCUCAGUUUGUCGUUAUUGGCGUCCUGUGGAGAGGCCAUCAGUAACGUGCAGACAACAACGCCCAAGCAAGCCCAGCUUCGGCUCAAAAGUCGUGUAAAGCAGGAAGAAAUUCGACGCCAGGCGGAAGUCGACACAGUCCUCGAUCGCUUGCACCGACUUUUUGACGAAAUUGAUGAAAACGGGAACGGCUGUAUUGAGCUGGCAGAGCUUCUUCUCUUACUGCGCCGGGUCAAGGUUGGCGACACAUUGCUGAAAAGUGAAUUGGAGUACUUUGUUCGCGAGCUCUUUAAGGAAAUUGACCAGGAUGGUAAUGGCUAUCUUGAAUUUCAAGAGCUCCGCGCAAUUUUGCGCGAUGAUCUUUUGUCAGAUAAAGCUGCUGAAGCUUCUGGUUCGAGGCCAGGAAACGGCAGCAAAGCUCUCAGCGGCUUCCUUAAUCUGCGCGGAAAUGAAUACCAUUCGUUUGAAGUCAUUAACGAGCUAUGCGAGACGAAGAUAACAUUUUCUGAACAACUCGCAGAGCGGAUUAAGCGCCCUGCGUUCGAGGGACGCUUUUGGGAACUUUUUGAGAGUGAAGCUCACAUUAAGAAUCGUUCAAUCAUCAAUCAAAAUCCGCUGGAUUUACAAAAAAAGCUGGUUCGGCUGCUCAAGAACUAUGACGCCGCGAACCUUAUCUGGGAUGCGUUGGUAUUGCCUGCGAUGGAAGACAAUUGCUCGGACCGUUCUAUAUAUGAGUGGCUACUGCAGCCGUCCACGCGCUGUGGAGGUAUCAGCGAGUACCAGAGCGCAGCGAAAGUUAUUGCAAAGAAAAAACGUGACGGUAUUUUUAGUGCAGCCAUCGAGGAAACAGAGAAUUUGGUAAGCAAGCUUACACAAAAUAUGAACUUGGUGAAGAAAGAGUUGCACUUCACGACAGACGUAAAAAUGGGAAACGUGCGACUAGUUCUUAUGGAUGCUGAACUGUCUGCUCGCUUUUGCCGUGAUUGGGUCGAUCUGGCCAUGUCUGGGAACACCGACUGGACGCUGUUGUUCGGCUUCAAGAUGUCGUCGUCCUGUUAUAGUGAAAUUGCCAACGACAUGGAAAACAUCAUCGAGCCAUGGGAACUGGUUGCCGGCGUGUCUUCGAGUGCAGGCGAGAACGGAUUUGCUGUUCUGUUGGAGGCUGCGAAGCGAUUUCAGAUUAAUGUGACUCCAAGCGUCCUCAAGACCUACCGUGCGCUGAUGGACGCCCUUGAUGGAGAGGCUCAGCAGAAUGGGCUGCAAAAGCAUCAAGACAGCUUUCAACUUUCAACUGCUGCAAAGAAGCAAAAAGAAACAGAUUGUCUUGUGCAGAACUUUACGGGAUGCAAGAUUUCCUUGAAACUAAACGGCAGUGAUGAGGUAAUCACAAUUGACGCGCAUAAUCGCGCUCACAUUGAAAAUGGAGCUUUGAAGGAUGGCGAGGCUGUAGUAGACUUACUUGAAAUUGAUCAGUGGGGUACAAGUAAAAAUUCGGUGAAGUUGUCUUCCUUUGGUAAUGUCAGCGUUGGUGUGAGUACAGCAGAAGCUUCACCAUCAUCUCUAUUUGUCACAGUGUUUUCGCGAUUGGAAAACCCGCGACAACAGCUUAUUGUCCUAAGAUCAAAUACGUACUUCUGCAACCACAGCUCGGAGUGUUACGAGAUGAAGUACCUGAGCUUAGGAAAGGAGGAUCGAAAGGCGGUGGAAUCUCCCGUCAUUAAAUUGCGACCUAAUGAGCGAAUUUCAUUGCCGCUCUCACUAUUGAUGGGCAUAACGGAGUUUUACGCGCAUCUUGGAAGUCAUGAACACUGGAUUGUAAAGACUUCUUUGAACAAUGACGUGCUAACAUCUACUACGGCAAUCCAAGAGCUCAAUGAGCACGAAGCUGAACGGGAAGCGAGAACGAAGCAGCGCCGAGGGGGUGGAACUAUUGUGUAUGGCCAAACCGAGGAAACUUGCACAAAGGUGGUGAAGCGCCUCAUUCCGAAUAUGAUCGUGCGACGAUGGCACUUACGUUCGCAUUUCGAGUAUGAAAUAGCGUUGCUUCCUCCGUUUGUGGUACGCAACUCGUUACCCUAUAAGAUGGAAUAUCGAUUUGUCGAGUACAAGUCGAGUUCAUCGAGGGACAUGAAGGCUGAAUUCACCAAGGUAGAUACGCUAUUACGGUGCGAAAGCACACCUAAACCAUCGGAUGGUGUAUUAAGCGGAGUAGCGAAAUCAGGUCACGAUGCCGAAGUAUCCGGUGUUUCUGGAGAGUAUCCUGGUUAUUUGUCGAUUCGUUUGGUUGCCCAAAAGCAAAACACAGACAAGCAUGUGACGUCUGCGUGGUCAAAACCGCUUCUGAUGAUGAUUCACAAAGGAGUCGAGCAGUUUACGACGUCGCGAGAAAGUGUAGAAGCCGGCGUUGGCCUCCACUUCAACAUUGACCGAAUCACACUUCCUGGCUGCCCUCGACUCGUACGCUUUUCAAGCCCUUACUGGAUCGUGGACAACACGUCGCUUGCAUUUGACUAUGCGUCUACUGAGCCUGGUGCAAAGCGAAACUCGUGCAAGGCCAUGCGUGUGUGUGCACCAUUCAGUUACCCUGUCAUGACGUCGCUGCCGCAUGAUCGUCUGAGCUUAAAACCGCUUGCAAACCUCAAUCGCCGCCCAAAGGCAUGGGAAGCGCUCGGUAAUAUGCCGGAUACAGUUUAA